AUGAAUAUAUCGAGCUGUCACGGAGAGAAAGGUGGUCCCACCAGUGUGUCCCUACCGAAAUUUUACAUAAUAACACGUAACGACUACAUGACCUAUAGCGGGUUUGAGAAAAAAUUAUGA